UGAUAAGUGGCGAUCGGUGGCGAUCUUGUUGCCAUACUGUUUAGGCACGUCACUUCCGGAUUGCUUGUUUCCUUUUUGGAUGUUUAUAUAUCAAAAGCCCAUUGAUUCAUUGAUUUUGAAUUAUAAAAAGCGUAUGGUUAUCGUCGAUAACCUGCUUUGAACCAAAUGCUUGUAUUCGUAAAGAUAAAUAAAACGGCUACGAUUGAAUCGUUGGUUAAUCUCUAACGAAGUGCAAAUGUUUAUGUUGACGGCGGUGAAGUAACUAAAUGAUUAAUUCUAUCUCUAAUUUGUUUGGUUUUCAUUAUAAUAUGUUGUCGCGAAUCAUUCGAAAUGAAAUAUGCUUUACAUUUUUAUAUCUCAGUUAUGAAAAGGAGCAGAAAUGAAGAGGAAACAUGGCAGAGACCGAACAAGAUCCCUCGGUCCGAGGUUGAAAAAAUAAUAUCAGAUAAGGUUGGGACUGCAGUGGAGCAGUCUGACCUCAAGAUGAAGAAUUUGAUGGAAAGAAUCAGUGUGGUGAAUAGUGAACCCAAAUAUGAUGCCAGAAUCAAGAAACUGGAAGCCCAUGUAAAGAAAAUAAAGCGAAGAGGAGAUGCAGUAUUUGCAUAUAUCAGAAAAUUCAGAUCCAUAGGGAUUUCUCACAGUCAGUCUCCCCCUUCUUUAAGUCCUCCGCCUGACCAUCCACAGCGAUGCAUCUCUCCAGCCGAACCAAUAAUCUAUAUGUCCAGAAGUUCGGUCAACGGAGGCAGUUUCAUUGACAACGCUUCAGUGUCAUCAGCAGUCAACGACUGUGUGAUGUCUACAUUGAGAAGACCAAAGGAAGGGUUCUGGCAGAGUUUGCGGUCUAAGAAACAGGUUGUUGACCUUACGGAGGAAGACAGAGCUGCCAGACUGAAAGAAGAGAGUCAGCUUACCCAGCCACCAGAUCAGAAAUUGGUACCUUCAAAACCAGAGCCAUCAAAACCCUCAAGUACGCCACCUAAAGCCAUAAAAGAAGAAAAUCAGAGUGUUAUGGAGGAGAACCGUGUCAUUUCUCCAGUACUGUCGGAAAAGGAGGACUGGCUCUCCAAACUCCAUCCUUUUCCGCACACCCCGUUCCCCAAGGAGCUUCCGGUUGUAGCUGCCUCUCAUAAUUUGCCCCAGAAGCUGGAUUUGAAACUAGCUCGGAUUGGACAAGAAUUAGGCAUCGCGUGGAACGUUGAACCGAAAGAUCCCCACGCAGCUGAGAUGGAUUGCUACUACAUUUACGUUUCCCAUGAACACAAAAACUGCACUUUUUCAGAAUGGAAGUGCCUCGGAGUGAUCAAGGCCAUGCCUCUUCCAAUGGCCUGCAAGGUGUCUGACUGCAAAGAUAAACGACUGUGUUUUACUGUUGUGGGGAAGGAUAUAUAUGGACGUUAUGGGCCGUACAGUGACAUAGGUACUGUUGCACCAGGACAAAUAUGAUUUUGGCAACAAUUCUCUAGUUUUUCGGAACCCUUGUUCAUAUUAGAAUUCAGGUAGGAUGAAAGGGACUCUUUAUAUUGAAAUAUGGAAUAAUUCAUUUUUUAAGAUUUAAAUUUCUCAAAAGAUGUUGAGUUCAGUAAAAAUAAAGUUGAAGCUGCUGUUUUUCUCCUUUUUUGUAUUUUAGUUGUUUUUCUUUCUCUGACAAGAGAAUAUGUUUGUUUUCGUUUGUUCUUCUAAAUGUCAGAAAGCCCUGAAAGUCCUCCGUGUUAUAUUUGAAAGGCACUACCACAGAA